AUGAAGUUCUUCCACGCCGCAUCAGCUACCAACGACCCCACGAUGGCCGGACCGGCGCAGUGGGCCGACCACUUCCCCACGUGCGGUGGUUCUCGUCAGUCACCCAUUGACAUCACCACCACGACGGGAGGAAACGUGGCAACACGCUCACUGAAAUUCAGGUCCUGCGCGGCAUCGGCGAACGGUGCCUCCUAUAGCAUGGCGCAGUUCCACAUCCACGCCCCCUCGGAGCACACCCUCGAUGGCAAGCCGCUGGACGGAGAGGUCCACUUCGUCCACAGCAACGCAGACGGCUCUGCCCUUAUGGUCGUGGGUGUCUUUCUGCAAGUAGCGAACGCAGGCACGACGGACCCGUGGAUGGGCUCGGUGCUCGACGGGAUGGAAGCUGUCACGCCGGCCGCUGCAACCACGAUGAACCUUGGAUCGUACGCUAACGUCGUAAACACAAACGCCGCCCGCACCUACUACCCGGGCAGCCUCACGACUCCUGGUUGCGACGAAAUCGUCGACUGGUGGGUCGUGCAGCAGCCCAUGUCGAUCGCGGCGGCGGACUUCACCCGCUUGCAGACGCAGCUGAAGGAGUUGUCUGUGACGGACAAUGGCAACAACGCUCGCCCCGUGCUACCACUGAACGGACGCACCGUCGUAAGUCUGCAGUAG